CGCCAAAAGCAAGUCGCUAGGAGAGGUACCAUGUCGACGGCCGCCCGACGAAGAUUGAUGCGCGACUUCCGGAAGCUCCAGAACGACCCGCCGUCGGGCGUCUCGGGCGCGCCGCUGGACAACAACAUCAUGGUGUGGCAGGCGGUCAUCUUUGGCCCGGACGACACGCCAUGGGAGGGCGGGACCUUCAACCUCCUCCUCGAGUUCAGCGAAGACUACCCGAACAAGGCGCCGUCGGUCAAGUUUGUGACCAAGAUGUUCCACCCCAACAUUUACAACGACGGCCAGAUCUGCCUCGACAUUUUGCAAAACCAGUGGAGCCCCAUUUACGACAUUUCCGCGAUCCUGACCUCGAUCCAGUCGCUGCUCUGCGACCCGAACCCGAACUCGCCCGCCAACUCGGAGGCCGCGCGCCUCUUCCAAGAGAACCGCCGCGAGUACAACCGCCGCGUGCGCGAGAUUGUAGAGCAGAGCUGGGCCGCCAUGUCGUAAGCCUGCUUUGUCGAUAGAUUUAUACAUUGCGAAAAAUGCUACACCAGUACUAUGCCA